AUGUCGCACAUCUACCCCGACGUGCGUCUCGAUGCGCUGCGCACGCUCGACGUGCUGCUCGCCGCGGCGCCGCGUGCGGUGGCGCACGGAUGGGACGCGCACGACACGGGCGCGGCGCGCGUCAUGGCCGGCUAUCGCGACUUGCUCGGCCUGGCGCAAAGCGCAAACAGCACCGUGGCGAGCGAUCUCUCUGCCGCGGCAAAAGUCAGACUGCUCUCGUCGCUGCGCAGCUUCGUCGAGGCUGCCGCGUCGAGUGCGCGCAGCGACGAGGCGCCGAAAGAAGACGAGGCAGCGCUGCGAUGUCCCACUUGGUUCUUCCGUCCCGCCUUCAACUCUGCAAGCGUCUACGAUGCCUUUGCCUCGGCGUUCACGCGCGCUUCAACACCCACCCUGCAGCUGGGUCAAGUGCCUGCCUUGCUUGAUGCCACACUCGCCAAGCCGGCAGGCGAGGGAGCAUGGAGCAACUCGGACAUGCAGAGCAGCUUGAGUGCGCUGCAGAGCAGUCUCGCGCCUGCUGCCUCGGCCUCUUCCUCGAGCUCGCGCGCCUCGUCGAAGCAGACGUAUGCAUCGCUCUUCUCCUCUCUCGCUCCUCUGCUCCUUUCCAGCUUCCUCGACUCGGCGCCCGAGGCAUUCAGUCCCUCUCGCGACAUUGCAGCCUCUUCCUCGGGGCGCACCGCCGCCAUUCCUCCCCUGCCGCUCGCGGCCGAGCUCUGCUGCGUCAUCGUCGAGCUCACGCUGGUGCUCUGGCGCGCCAUGGGGCGAUGCUCGCAGUCGGGCACUGGCUCUGGCGUCGAAGAGGAGCAAGCAUGGCGGCACCUCGACUCGCUCCUGAGCAAAAUCGACGGCUACUUUCCUUUCUCUGCCUUUUCCUCCUCCUCCUCUUCUGCCACCAACGCCGGCACCUCUGCGCCUCAUCCGGCACUCGCGGCCUCCGACCGUCGGUACGCCGAACUCUCAGCUCUGCACGCUCUGCACGCACCUCGCGCCGCGGGCCGGAGCAGCAAGUCUCUGCGUGGGCAGCAGGCGCGCUUGGAGCAGGUGCAGAGGCACAUGCGCGCCUUGCUCGUCGAUGCCUCGAGCGCCAGGUUCGACUGGAGUGCGCCCCUCGACUCGACGAGCGCUCCUCCGCCCCCUCCGGCCGCGACGGGCAGCGCCGUCGCCUUGGAGGCCGCGGCGCUCGUGGAUCUCAUGCCGAGCCUCUGGCUGCUCCUCUCGCAGCCACGUGCCGAGUGCGGCGAGGCAGAGGCAGAGCAGAGUCCGCAAGCAGUGUACGCCGACCUCCUCGAGCUCUGGCGCACCUCUCGCGGUGAGACGAAGCGCCUAACGACGCACUUGCUCGCGUUUCUCAGCUUCGCACACACAUUCCCAAGCUACACCUCUGUCUUCGUGCCUCGGCCCACGGCCCUGCGGCGCUGGAUCGGCAUGCUGCCGCGCCAUCUGUGGGAGCUGGGCUCCAAGUCGCCCGAUGCGUCGUUCGUCGUGCUUGAAGUGCUGCGCCUGUACGCCGUGCGCUGCUCCAGCGAUGAGCUCGCUUCGCCGUUGGAGGAGGGCCUGAGGCGCGCUGCUUCGGCCGUCGGUGCCGUUGCAGCGCAGUAG